AUGAAAACCAAAUCAACGCUUAUUCAAAUGACACCGGUUGAACCAUUUAAUUCUAAUGGAGAUAACUCCAGUGUCUUAUCAUCAAUAAAAACAUUAGAAAAUCCCGUGCUGAAAGAAAUAAGCUUGAAAAAUAUUGGUGAACAACAAGAUGAUAUGCAUAUCAUCAAUCGUCGAGCAGGCAACCGAUCUCGUAAAUCCGAUCUAUUUGAUGAAUUAAUAGGGAUUAUUCGGACUCCGGAAACAAAUGCCUCUGACUGGCCAAAGUUUGAAAAGAAAUUAAAUGAAUAUCUAAAUGAUCGAUAUUCUCAUUUUGCUUGUUUGAACCAAAGAAAACGAAAGUUUUUUCAACGGUGUGAUAAAAACUUACUUCAUCCUAUUCAUCACGCCGUCUUAAACAAUAAUCAAUUUAUGUUUGAAAAGCUUUUCAAAGACUUUCACUGCGAUAUUAAUAUUCGUACGUUUGAUUAUGAUACAAUACUUAUUUUGGCGGCUCAAGCAGAAUCUAUUUGGGAGUCUUCAACAGAAAAUAGUGCUUCAUCAAGUACUGAUCAGAGCAACAUACCGAAACUGAUCGAAUAUCUUUUAUAUGAUGUGUACAGGGGGAACAUGAAAGCAAUCGAUGCACGUGACGAUGAAAAUCGAACAGCUCUUCAUCAUGCGAUUUUGCAUGGACGAUGGGAUUACAUGAAACGACUAAUUAAAUUGAAAGCGGAUGUUGAAGUUAAGACUAUGCUUAAAGCAACAGUUCUUCAUUUUAUCUGUCGUCGAGCUGAAGAUGAUACACACUGCUGUAAAAUGUUGGAAUUUUUAUUCAAAAACCGACAAAGCUUGGAUAGUAAAUUUCUUCUUCAGAAGAAUACCGACGGUUUGACAGCUCUUUGUGUUGCGGCACAACGAUCUUUUGAGCGAACAGUUGAAGAGCUUCUCAAAAAGUAUAAAUGUUCAGAAGAACAUGAUUCUUGUGGUAUUGAACUGGAAUAUGGCGUUCGUUCAAAUAAUAAAAAGAUUUUCGAUAAAAUUUAUCGCCAACACGAAUCGUGCUCUUUCCAGGGAACAGAUACAUACAAAUACUUACUGCAUCUCGCUGCAAAAUUCAAUAACAAUCGGAAAGUUUUUGUUGAAGCCAAUAGUAGUGAAAACAAUGGUGAACUCGAUAAAAUUUCGCAUAAAAUAAACACCAAAUAUUGUACAGAUGCUUGGGGACGCAUAAGUGCGGAAGGUUACAUGCCAAUGCACAUUGCCGCUCAUUAUGGUAACAAUGGAUUUAUCAAGUAUGCCAUUGAAAACGUCAAAUAUUGGAGAGAAUAUAUUUGUCAACCAACGCAGAAUAGUAGAAAAAUGAAUGUAUUACAUAUUUGUGUUGAACAAAGUGAAUUGACAUCAUUACCCGUCGAAAAUGAAAAGGGCAAAACCAUCAUAAUGUAUAGGCAUAGUAAAUAUCUGGAAAUUUUUAACACUAUACUCAAACGCGAUUCUAUGUGUUUUAAGACGUUACUUCAAGCAGGUGACAGUGAUAAAAAUACUCCACUUCAUAUUGCUGCUAGAAUGAAGAACGAAGAAAUUUUUGAAUAUUUAUUAAAACGUGGCAGGGAGUUGAAAAUUUCUAGUUCGAAAGGUAAGGAAGAAAAUAACAUAUAUGGAGUAACCGAACCACGGAAUUGGCUCGGACAAACACCAUUGUUUGAAUGUGCAAAAUAUAACAGAAAAUCAUUUAUGGAAAAACUAUUGUCAGAACAACCUAAUUCGAGCAAAUGGACGAAAAUACUUGAUCAAUUAAAAGAUCAAAAUCAAAUGACAUGCCUACACAUAGCAUGUUAUAACGGUAGUCUGGAUAUUGUUAAAUAUCUUACUACUUUGCAUCAGAUUUCAAUUAAUCCUUAUGCAAGUACUCGACAGACACCAUUGUAUGGAGCUUGCGAAGGAGGCUUUAUUGACGUUGUACGGUAUCUACUUGAUUAUACAGAUGCCAAUCCUACAAUAAGAACAGCCAAAGGUUACAAUUGUCUUGAUAUUGCUAUCGCAAGACACCAUCAUGAAAUUGUCAAACGUCUAUUGGAAUAUCCCGAAUGGCGUACUUUAAUGGAAAGUGUUCAAUAUGAAGACAGUGAUGUACCCAUUACGCCUAUGCGACGGUUGAUCAUAUCUAUGCCGGAAAUUGCCUAUGAACUUAUUGAUAAACAUUUUACAACGAUUAUUGGAGAUGCUGAUCAACCGAAACAUUUAAUUAAAUAUGACUACACAUUUAUUGAUGAUCAUUACAAUAUUUGUGAUUGGCAGUUCGAUGACCUUGUUGACAAGCCUGGGUCAAAAUUGAGCAAAUGGUAUAAAUCUAUAUUAACUAAGGUAAGCAUACCUGAUCGUCGUCAUCCAUAUACACCAAGUGCAUACACGCUACUUCGUAAUCAUCCUCUAAUGCUGAUGUCACAAUGUAGCCAAGAAAAAUUAAUAACACACCCAUUAUGUUUGGCAUUACGCAAAGCGAAAUUUCGGCGAUUUAGUCGCUGGAUACUUCUCUUAUCCUUUCUUAGCUAUAUUAUGUUUAUGGCUUUGUAUACUAUUGUUGUUCUUCAAACAAUUCAUCCACAACAUUACUAUGAUCUUUAUAAUUCAUCUGGAAAUGCUUCAGGUCAAAACAUCGAGUGGGAUUAUGGAUUCAAUAGUGACGUCUGUCGACGAGUAGGAAUUUAUUUAAUCGAAUCAGGAAAUACUGAUGCACGAAAGACGACAAAUCAAGAAAGAUAUUUAUUGAUGCUCGAUGUUUUAUUAAUUAUAUUUGUGAUUAAAAAUGGAAUUUUUAUAUUAGCUUCAUUUCCACGUUUUAUUCGUAAAAUAGCAUACUAUACAGAAGCACUUGCUCUAGUAUUGGUAUACGUGUGUAUCAGAGACGAUAAUUCAUGGCAAAGUUCUCUUAACUUUCGAUGUCCAAUUCAAUGGGAGCUAGGUUCAAUUGGUCUUCUAUUAUCUUGGUUGGUAUUCCUUUCAUAUAUGCGUUAUAUUCCUUGGAUGGAUAUUGGUCUAUAUGUUGUCAUGCUCAAUGUAAUCCUUUUAAAAUUUCUUCGAGCAAUACCUCUUUUAAUGGUACUCUUCUGUGGUUUUGGUUUUACUUAUUAUAUGCUAUUACAAUAUCAAACUGUUUAUGGGACUCCAUUUGAAGCAAUUUUUCGCACAGCAUUGAGUCUAUUCGAUUUAGGAUAUGAAAGUCGACUUUAUAAUCCACCAACUGGUGUUAUGUAUUAUCCUGUCGUCUAUUUUGUUUUCAUUCUAACUCAAAUUAUUCUAACUAUUCUUAUGACAAAUAUGUUGAUUGGUUUGGCUUUGGGAGAAAUUCCAACAUUGAAAACACAGGCGACACUUCUACGGAAUAAGAUGAUGUAUGAACUCUUCUUUGAUUAUGAAAUUUUUCAUCUUCAAUUGAAAACAAUAGUACGAAUUAUUUUAUAUUUCUUAAUGUGCCGUGUAUGUCGUCGACGUUCGAAUUCAAGUACUCAGUCACAUCACAUCCGACCCUCUUUCAGCCUAUUUGAAACUCAUGUAAACGAUGAAAUCAUCGAUGAUCAAUCAUCAGAUACUGCCAGCUUAGUAAAGAAAUAUUUUAAAUGGUUCCGAGAUACUAUUACAGAAGAUGAUAUUCAAUCAUUGAUAAUGGUUGAGAGAAAUUACCAAUAUUAUCAUAAAGAAAUGCAUACGGGGAAAGACCAAGCGAACUAA